UAACCACCCUGGUUUGACUAGUCUGAGCUUGGCCAGUGUCAUCACUAGCCGUCACUAGCAAGGGACCCAGGUCACAGCAGGGAUUCUUAAGGAUGGGGAGACCACGCAUGCGACGGAGGCCGCUGACUGUACUCAUGAUCGGGUUAACCCUCGUAGUAGUGGCUGGGAUGUUUCUUCACUUCAAGUUCUUAAACCGUGUGACCCCUGGGUAUUCUGAGAGACAGUACGAAGCUUCGUUUUCUGACCUUCACUCUCCUGAGAAAUCUUCCAAGCCUACUGACAUUUUUCUAGAUACUUCUGUAUCACCUCCCAGUUCCACGAGCACACAGAGGAGCGAUCAGUCGAUCUCAGUUUGUGGACACCCAAUGCUCUAUUAUGAAUAUGAUUCGGAUCCUGUAAAAAUCGUAACCAGUGAGCCACAGGCUUCUGUAACUUUAAGAGAGACCAAUGUAGAAGGCAGUAAACAACCAGAGAAUGCUGAAAGGUUGAUUAAAAAAAAGCGAUCUAUUCCGCUUCAUCUGCGGGAGAUCAACGCCACUGAUCAAGAUUCAUCUUGGAGUCCUGAGACUUCAACUGUUUCCAUAAAUGGCGAGGAGGCUUCACAUCUCAGUUCCUCUAACACCUCAAAUCUCGGCCUGACAUCCACCACAGAAAUAAGUUAUACGGACAAUUUUUAUAAUAUAUAUUUACAUUAUAGUGACUACCCUCUAUACAAGAAAAUAUCUUAUACAAGGGUUCUUUUUUUUUGCGAAUACAUUUUCUCAGCCGUCUAUGGAGAGUACAGCAACUUCACAGAUACUGUCAUCUCCUACGAUAACUCUUCCUCAAUAAUUACUGAUCAGCAUUUUAUGGACCUCUGUUUGCCCCUUUAUAUUGCACAUUAUGAAUCUUAUUGCAUAGAAAAAAAGUUGAUAACAGUAUGUUCUCCUGAAGAAAUUGCCUUCUUGCACAAUCAUGGUUGCCAAAGACCGUCCAGUGAGGACGUAUCUUUUGAAAAGCUUUUGGCCUCGACGCUGCUGGAAGAGGACGAAGUGUGUUUCCAGGGUGUGUGUAGAGGAAGUGUUCGUGUUGUGGAACGAGUAGCCGGUGACGCCCUCGUUCUACUGAUUAGUCCAGAUGUAUUUCACAGUUAUAACGGGUCUUGCUACAAGUACGUCAGGAAACUCUAUGAUCUAGAGGAUAUUGAGAGUGAAGGUUUGUACCUGACGAGGAAUCGGCACUGGCCAACUUGCUUCCCGUGGUAUGACGUUUUGUGGAAAGUAGAGCCUGAGACACUAGGUAUGGUGCGUACCUGGAGCUACCUGCCGCUACGGUGUCGAGUGACUGAAGGGGUCCUGGUAGCUCUGGUGAUGAUGAUUGUUGUCAGCGGCCUGACGGGAAACGUACUGGUAGUGGCUGUAAUGAUCAGAGGACACCACUUAGGUGAGCCUUCAAAUAUUCUCCGCACCUCCCUCGCCAUAGCUGAUCUUUUUGUCUGUUUGUUCGUUUUGUUGCCCAGUCUGGACGCCCACCUGUCUUUCAUGGACGACAGGAAUGUCGAAUCUCCGUGGUGGAAGCAUGCCGUUGUGAGUGACGAAGUGGCAUCCCAGCAGGAGGCUUCGGGAGCAGGUGUAGUGAUUGACGGCGGCUUCUGGUUAUUUUCUGCUCUAGUACUGAGUUCCUGCUCCUGUAUUUCACUUCUAAAUUUAUUUGCCUUGAGCUUGGAGAGAUUUAGCUUAAAAAGCAAAGUCAUUCAGUAUAAAGUUGUGUUCACGCGGCAGAGAGCGAGAGUCUUCGUGGCAAUGACUUGGAUGUUAAGUGUUCUCGGGUCUCUGGCCCUUACUUACAGUGAGGAUGGCACUCGGGCUCUCUGGUACCCCUUCUACAAACUGCCUCUCGGCGUGUCACCCAGAGGGCUGGAAACCGUUCUCCCAGCUUUUGUAGUGUCCAUCCUGGGUCUUGUGUGUCUGCUGACGGUGGUUCUCUCGGUGCUGGCUCUACACAACUACAAGAAGGAAAUGGCGAGACGAACUGGUAACCUUCGGGAGUUCGGGGAAACCGACGUUGACCAGAGUACCGAGAGCUCGAUACAAAUCAUCACUAUCAUGAUACUGAUGACAAUAUCGUUACUCUUUUCGGCUUCCCUGGCUGCUGUCGCUUUAUUGUUGCAUAUCGCGGCCGUCAGCGUCGCUCACAUGGAGCUGGUAGGAUACUUGUGUUGGUGGGGGUUCCUGGCAGCCUUCUCCUGGAACCCCUGGCUCUACAACAUGCCCAGUCAGUCCUUCAGGAAGGAAGCAACAGCCCUUAUCAAGGUCCUGCUGCCAAAGAGACUGACAGAGCAGUCCUGGGGGCAGCUGUUCAGACGUAGUCGGACGAAGACAACAGAGUCGUCAACAGACUUAGAGCUCAACAUCUCGAGCUUCACAAAGCCAAAGAGGAAAGAAAUGGGCAUUCCUGGUAUCAGAAGAAUGCCGUAUAUGUAGAUUUCUUUACAGAUGUUAUCGCUGGUUACUUACCAAGAAUGUUGCAGUGGUGUGACACUUCCAAGAGGCGUGGCAAGGGAAUGACACUUAUCAGAGAUGCGGAAGUAUAUGUACUCACCUAAUUGUGGUUGCAGGGGUCGAGACUCAGCUCCUGGCCUCGCCUCUUCACCGACCGCUACUAGGUCCUCUCUCCCCCUGCUCCAUGAGCUUUAUCAUACCUCGUCUUAAAACUAUAUAUAGUUCCUGCCUCCACUACAUCGCUUGCCAGACUAUUCCACUUCCUAACUACUCUAUGACUGAAGAAGGCAUCGCCCAGCGAUUUGGCAGUGUGAGAUACUUCCUGGAGAUACAGCACUGUAAGAUACUUCGCGGAGAUGCUACAGUGUGUGUGUGACACUUUCCAGAUAUGUGGCAAUCCGGGACACUUCCCGGAUCACUUCCCAUGAAAGGUGCUAACAAACGCACGCCUUUCUUCUCCUUGGUAUUGCUAUGCAAUGCACUGAAUCACCAUGAUUUAUACAGUUCACCUACGUAUACAGGAAGUCCUCACUUAACGUCGUUUCAUUAUAAGGUUGAUGAGAAAAAGAAAUCAAUUCCCGGCCCAGGAAUGGAAAAUAUGGAAAGACUUAAAUACUUGGGAUGGAGGACACGCAUCGGCUUAACUCUCCAUGUUCACUAAUGGCCAUACAAAUGAAAGCUUUCAGUUUAUUUGAAGAUCUAAAGGAAAAUCAGUGUUCUAGUGCUGAAAGUGAGACUUUCGUGGGAAGUCGUGGUUGAUUUCAACGUUUUAAGAAACGUUUAAAAUUACAUGACAUGCAUAAAAUAGGCGAGUCUGCAAGUGCCGACAAAUAAGCCGCAGCUGCUACCCAGCUUUACUAUUAUGUCAACUUCCUCUCUCAUGGCUGUUUAUAUUCCGGUUUUAUGAUAUGUAACGUGUUUCUUAUAUAAUUCUGGACAACAUUUGAUACCUAAAUUAAUCAAAAUAUCAGUAAUAGAGUAAAUAUCCGAUAUAAUAGCGUCUCAGAGCGACAUACUCCAUAGUCUGUCAACUUUUCCCAAAGUUGACAGACCCAUAAAUAUAACUAGAGAAAAUGAAGUGUAUUAAAUACUUUACUUCAAAAAGAGUUCUUCCAGUAUUGUCAAUGAACUUAUUAUGUCCUGCGGAAUCCAAAUAUACGACUGUUUACUAAUUUUGUGGGAUAAUUGUCACUCAAUAAUGGUCUGAGACUGAUAAUGGUCUGAGAUUGAUAAUGGUCGAGGACUUAACUUAACAAUGGUCCAGGAGGAACCGUAACGUCGUCUGAUGUUUCAUCUCUGAAGAGUGAAAUAUUUGUAAAUUAAAUUACUUUUAGCGCGUUUUCAAUAGCACAUUCACAAGUGUCAUGGAUGCUGUGUUGUGUCUGUGUCAUGGGUGCUGUGUUGUGUGUGUGUCAUGGGUGCUGUGUUGUGUGUGUCUGUGUCAUGGGUGCUGUGUUGUGUGUGUGUCAUGGGUGCUGUGUUGUGUGUGUGUCAUGGGUGCUGUGUUGUGUGUAUCUGUGUCAUGGGUGCUGUGUUGUGUGUGUCUGUAUCAUGGGUGCUGUGUUGUGUGUGUCUGUGUCAUGGGUGCUGUGUUGUGUGUGUCUGUGUCAUGGGUGCUGUGUUGUGUGUGUCUGUGUCAUGGGUGCUGUGUUGUGUGUGUCUGUGUCAUGGGUGCUGUGUUGUGUGUGUCUGUGUCAUGGGUGCUGUGUUGUGUCUGUGUCAUGGGUGCUGUGUUGUGUGUGUCUGUGUCAUGGAUGCUGUGUUGUGUGUGUCUGUGUCAUGGGUGCUGUGUUGUGUGUGUGUCAUGGGUGCUGUGUUGUGUGUGUGUCAUGGGUGCUGUGUUGUGUGUGUCUGUGUCAUGGGUGCUGUGUUGUGUGUGUCUGUGUCAUGGAUGCUGUGUUGUGUGUCUGUGUCAUGGGUGCUGUAUUAUGUAUGUCUGUGUCAACAGUGUCAUGGGUUCUGUGUCAAGGGUGUUGUGUCGUGAGUGUUUGUACCUGUGUCAUAGAUACUUGGGGAGUCUGUGAUACGAGUUUUCGUUGAUUAAGGAACAUAAUAUGUGUGUGAAAAUAAAAACUGAAUGAGAAAGGUAACAGAGUCUUUAAUUUUC